AUGGAAAUCAAGUCAGACUCGCCCGGAAUGGAUAUUGAGAAAGCUGGGUUUAAUCAGCCUACGGAGCUCGAUAUUUCCAAGGCGGAAAUGUUCGAAACAAACAUACAGUUCGUGGAACAAGCAGGCACACAGCGAAACAUCAAGUCCCGCCAUGCUCAGAUGAUCGCAAUUGGCAGUGCCAUUGGUACAGGCUUCUUUCUCGGCACCGGUCAAGCGCUGUCAAUAGGUGGCCCUGGUUUUCUUCUAGUCGCCUAUUGCCUGACGUCCAUUCUCGUCUACGGUGUGACUACGGCUAUGAUUGAAAUGAGCACAUACUUGCCUGUAUCUGGAGCAUCCAUGUCUUACUUCGGGGGACGAUACGUCUCACCAUCUCUUGGAUUUGCUAUGGGCUGGCUAUACUUUUAUUCAUUCGCCAUCAUUGUCGCCUUUGAGCUGACUGCGGCAAGCAUUUUAAUCAACUACUGGCCGAAUGACGUGCAUAUCGCAGUGUGGAUUACGGUACUACUGGUCGUUGUUGUUGGUCUCAACUUUUUUCCUGUGGGUGUCUUUGCGGAAACAGAAUUCUGGUUUGCCGGAAUCAAAGUUGUCGUGAUUAUUGGUCUGUUAAUCCUGUCUCUUGUGAUUAUGCUCGGUGGAGGGCCGAACCAUGACCGUCUUGGAUUCCGCUAUUGGAAUGAGCCUGGUGCAGUGAAAACAUAUCUCCUGGACGGCACUUCCGGUCGUUUCACUGCAUUCCUAUAUGUCUGGGUUUUUUCCGGGUUUUCUUUUUACUUUGGUCCAGAGCUGAUGGUCUACACAUCUGGCGAGAUGCGCAACCCUCACAAGAAUCUAGCAAGUGCAUCACGUCGAUACUUCUACCGUCUUGUCUUUUUUUAUGUUCUUGGAUCUUUGGCAAUUGGCGUGACCUGCCGGUCAGAUGCUCAAGGUCUAACGUCUGGCACUAGCAACGCGAAUUCGUCUCCAUGGGUUAUCGCCAUUCGCAACGCGGGUAUACCGGCUUUGCCAUCCAUCAUCAAUGCAGGACUCCUGACUAGCGCAUGGUCGGCUGGAAACUCCUACCUUUUCAUGUCGAGUCGUGCAUUAUACUCUCUCGCACUGGCUGGCAAUGCUCCAAAGAUCUUUGCCAGGUGUAACCGGUAUGGAUUGCCUGUCUACGCUGUUAUUGCCAGCAGCUGUUUUGCGCCUUUGGCAUAUCUUGAUUGCAGCUCCCAGGCAGGUGUUGCAUUUAAUUGGUUUGUUAGCCUUACAAAUACGUCAGGGUAUAUUUCUUGGACUUUGUGCUGCCUUGUUUACUUCCGCUUCAGGAAAGCUGCAGAGCUACAGGGUGUCACCGCACCAUACAGCUCUCGCUUCCAGCCGUGGGCUGCGCGUAUCUGCUUCGUCGCCUUUGUUUGUUUACUUCUGUGCAAUGGCUUUACUGUUUUCUACCCCGGUCAGUUCACUGCUAGUGGCUUCUUGACCACAUAUUUGGGAAUACCCCUGUUUCUGGCUAUCUACUUUGGUCACAAGGUUACUGCUGGAAGAAACGAUCCUUGGAUGACCGGUUCAGCCGAGGUGGACUUGAUUACAGGCGUGGCUGAGGUGACUGCAGAUGCAGAGAUGUGGACCAGACUCGAACAAGCCGAGAAAGAGAACCAGAUUGCAAAGAGCAAAGUCUGGAAGACUGUGUCGUCUAUAUGGGAGUAA